CCCCCUCCUCCCCAGUUUACCUUCGAACUAGCCCGAAAUGGACCAUUCCAGUUUUCCCAGCAACCUGGACGCGUUUUGAGAAACAUUGGCAGUUGUAAGUCGUCCCCCGACAUUUCACCAUGAAGAAGUCGGCAGAAUGGCUGAAAAGGAGUCCGAAUCCCCCGGGAAACUAAAGACAUUAUAGCCAGAAUUGGCUUUUUUGGACAUAUCCGAACGGAUUAUUUCCUUUAACAACUUUCCCUGUAGUGGAUAAUGGAUGGCAGAGAUUUUGGUCCUCCCCGAUCCGUCCAUGUCCCCCCUCCGUUAUUGGCAGGGCUCACCAUGGAGCCUCACCGACUCGGAGCAGCAGCUGCAGCCGGGAGGGUCCCUCCCUCGCCCGGUCACUUGGGCGCGAACCAUCCGCCGUCUCUCCACUCCGGAAAAUUUUUACCAACGGCCAUUAAUAUCCAUCCACAUCACAGCGAUGCCUUCCCAGCAGGCUCUACUCCCUUCCUGUCAGGUUAUCCAGGCCCCUCCUCCUUGACACCUGACCCUGCAUACAGAUCAUCCAAUCCCAGCGGCCUGCAGAUGGCUCAACUCUGGGCUUCACAUGCUCACGAAGGUUACCCCCCUCUCCCAAGCAGCCUGUACUCCAGUCCUUACCUGUCUCUGGGUCACCUGGAACCUCCCUCACUAUCGCAGCACCCUCUUUAUGACUCCCAUAAAGAUACUUAUUUCCUGCCACCCCAUCUGAGCCAGUCGCCCCUUCACACCCCAGCAGUUUCGUCCAGCACCUCAUCCAGCUCUGCACCUUCUCAGAGGACAUCCCGGGACGGGGGCAGGGACAGGUCGUAUCGGGCGGAGAGGGACCGAGAGCGUUCCAGGGAGGAGUCCCGCCCCCACAGUGUGGUGGACCUGACGCAGGACGGGAGGGGCGACGAGGACCGCAAGGCGAGCAGAGACCAGGAACGAGAAAAAGACAAGGACCGGGACUCAGACAGGGAUGGUUGGUCCUUCCAUCCUCACCAGCACAAGUCACACUCCCAGCCUUCCACACUGGAGAGCAGAUACAGGCCGUCUCCUCCACAGCCCUUCUUCCCUGCUGAUGGAAGUGCAAGCAGGUUGCAUGGACCAGAAACUGACAGAGGAGGUCGGGACGAGGGCCGGUCUCGAUCCCACCACAACAGCAACUUAAAUAACUCUAACCCAGACCAAGAGAGGAGGAAUGAGUCUGUGGCAACACCAGUCGGGAGCCUACACAUUUCCUACGUCCUUCCCCCGGCUCUCCACCCAUCCACCCCUGGUCCCCCCACCCUCUCUGAACCCAGAGAGUUUAUCAGAGAGCAGCGUGUCAGCGCUCCUACGUAUGUGCCUUCUGUGGAGGUUUAUGAGGAGCGGGCAGGGCCCAUCCAGAUCGCCUCGCAGGCCCGCGAUAACAAGCAUGCAGACAAACACAGAGAGCUGGAGCGAGACCGGGACAGGGAGAGCUCCAGGUUUCAGGAAAAACACCUCAGGGAGCGUGCUCGGCUCUCACAGUGCAGCGACGUAAACAAUCAGAGGGAGGAGGGCUCUAUCAUUUGUUCGUUUGGUAAACGGGCUCAGGACCCAACUAGCCAAUCACAGCUCAGCCCAGAAACCAGAGAUGGUUACAAACACUCGAACCGAACCGGUCCAGAACGAACUGGGGCGGAGCCUAAGUGGAACGCUAUCAGCCCAUUGGCUAACUAUGCUACAAAUCAUAUAGCUGCUCUGGCAGCCCAGCACACGCUCUCCUCUCCCCGCAGCCAAACACACUCGCAAAAGUCCAGUUCCCCCCACACAUCCCAUCGACCCGCCAGCUCACAGUCCUCCCACAGUCAUUCCCCUCAAUCCCAACCUUCCCAGCAGGCAUCUGGGUGCACAGAUGAAGAGGGGUGUCAUCAGAGACGCUACCUCACCCCGUCCAGCCUCUACAGAGGAAGCAGCAACAAAGGGGCUGAUUCCGCUGAAGUGUCAGCCAUGCAGAGCCUCAUCAAGUACAGUGGAAACUUUGCUGCUGACAGUCCUGCCUCCUCCAGGCCCGUCGUAGAUGGGCAGGGGGCUUUUGGUGGUCUGGCUUGCAUUGGGACGGAUGCCCUGAGGGAGAAAGAAAGAGAUAGGGAAAAGGCUUCAGUGAGGUCAGGCUCUUUAGGAGGAAUGAGGGUGCCUUCACAGCUCAAGAGGGAGCAGGAGCGACCUGACAGCGCCCGCUCCUUCGGUCGGGAGGGGGAAGGCGAGGUGCGCCAUCCACCAGUUGGAAUUGCGGUGGCUGUGGCCCGGCAGAGGGACAGCGGGAGCUCCAGUAAACAGAGCAGCGGGACUUCAGAGCCACAGAGGCCCCUGCUGCAAACCGCUAUUAAAGAUGAGGAGCGAGCAGGGGAGCGAGCUCGUCAUCACGAUGACAGAUUGCUGGCCGGCCGGCUGGAGCGGGAGAAAGUGAUCCGAGAGUCCAAGAAUCUGCAGGAGUUCACUCCGAUGCACCCCGGUCCUCUGUCUGGUCGCUUGACACCCAGCAUGAUGACGCCCAGCCUCAUGACUCCAAACCUCAUGGUGACAGGAGGGGCUGCUCUGGCAGGGACGGGGAGAUGGCCUUCUGACCCUUCAACUCUCACCUCUCACCCCUGGAUGCCCCGGCCUGGAGCCCCACCCGUCUGGCUCUCCAGCUCGCCGUACGGUUUGAGCCCCACGUCCAUCCACCCGUCCCUCCCCCCUGGCUACCCGCCGUCUUUGCCAGGCUCCAUGCCACCUCCAUACCAGUUUGCCAGAGACCCCCAGUCUGGACAGCUGAUUGUCAUUCCUACUGAGCAUCUGCCCCAUUACGGAGGUGACGCACUGGAGCGUGGAGCCCCGGUGUGGCCGGGGGUGUACGGUGCAGGCAGCCCGCUGCAGCAUGCGGCUCAACUGCAGCUCCUCUCCCAGCAGCAGAUGCUGCGGCAGCAUGAGCUCCUGAUGAUCCAGCAGCACACCGUGCAGGUCCUGGAGCUGCAGAGGAACGUUCAGCUGGCCGAGCGCCUAAAGGCCAGCGAGCGGCAGGGGCAGGAAGACAAGGCAGACAAGCGGAACACUGACCCAAAAACCCGACCAUCCUCCGUGCCCUCUUCGUCUCCCUCGCCAGUCCUGCACCCCCGCAGCAAACCGGCCCCUCCCUCCCGAUCACCGACCCCGUCCACGUCCUCAAUCACACCUCUCCCUAGGAUCUGCUCUCCUGCUGCCACCCUAAAGUCAGAAGAGGGAGGGCACAGAGCCUUAUCUCACGCUCCAAAGUCCCUGCUCCACCCGAAUUCUCCGCGUUCCGCUUCACCCCCUCCGUCCUCACCACGGCAACCCAAACGGGAGCUGGUGGAGGUGGGACAAAGGGAGCAGAGAGAGCUGCCGAAGUCUGCUUCUGCAGCUUUUCCAGGCAUUUACGCCGAGAUCCCCCCAGGUUACCCUUAUCAAUCCAUCACUGCCCCGUACGGCUCCCCUUUUCCAUAUCACAUCCCACCUCCUGCAGGAGGAACUCCUGAAGAGCGUUGCUCCUGCUCUCCUGCCUCAGCUGACGCUUUGCCGCCGCCUCACUGCCGUUUAAGGCUUUUGGAGGCUGACAUCAAGCCACAGAAGCUCGAGCUGUCGACUGCAGGGCCUUUUCUCAAACAGGAGUCCUGUGCCGGGCGACCUCGAGGUGGCCCUUCCCCAGAGCUGCUCAGUCCCCCACAGAGCCUCAGCCCUGUCCAGACCAGCCAGGAUGCAGAAGACCGGCCAGCUCCAAAGCUCCACCCCCAACCUCUACCUCUGCACGCCCGCAGUCCCCCUCUUCUGCAGAACGAGGAGCUCGAAAACGAUCUGGCAGAAGACGAAGAUGGCGUUUCAGUUAAAAUGGAGGCGUCAUCGUGCUCGUGUCGGGGUGCUUAUGACGCCCCUCCUCUACUUGUAGAAGCUGUGCCGAGACCCGAGAUCAGUGAAGAACUGGACCGAGCGCCAUACCCUCCAACCAUCACUGCAGAAUCAGAUGAGCGCCAACGGCAGCCUGAUGCCACUGUGGGAAAGUUCUCCCCCAGGCUGACAGAAACUGUCAGUGAACCUUCUGAACCCACUCCUCCACUCCUCAGUUCAGAAGAUCCCAUGGGGGGGAUGCUUGUCCUUCUGACAGCAAGCGAGAUGGCCCGGCCCAGCACCCCGCCUGCUCCGACACUGGUGUCGCAGCUGGAACUGCAAUCGUUGGAUCCGUUGGAUCCAGCAUGUAGCCGAGCCGGGCCUCUGGAGAUGGUGGCUCUGGAGGGGAUGGCCCUGCUCAGCCAGAUGGCCCAACAAGAGAUGGAGAACAUCUGCCAGGAGAAAGAUUUGACAUUCGAGGGUCUGGACUGUCUGAUUGAGGCCAGUAGACAAAUCUUGCUGGAGGCCAUCGAGCAGCAGUCCCACAUUGAUCUGCCCAGAAAUCUGGACCCCAACAAGAAGUACAGCUGGAGGCAGAGGAAGGAGGAGCCGCUCUAUGAUAAAAUGUCUGUGGACAUGCUGGACGCUGUGGAAGUGGAAUAUCGUGUUCGCCUAGCUGAGCUUCAGAAGACUUAUAAGGAAAAGCAGAGGGAGCUGAACAAGCUGCAGAGACGGACGGACAAGCGGGAGCAGCUGCAGCAGGAGGACGAGAGGAGGAGUCUGACGAGACGGGGCAGGGGUCGACCAAGGAAAAGGAAGCUCCUUGCUCAUAAACUGGACAGCAGAACUGCAAAGACGGGAAGAACAGUGCAAUACUCAGAGGAGUCUGAAACUGGGGAGGGCCAGAGGAAAAGGUUCCGCUUGUCCCGAGACGAAGAGGACAUGGAGUUGACUGAAGCCAAGGUUAAAAAGAAAAAGAAAAAGAAGAAGAAGAUCUGGGCCGACCAGGAGCCAUCCAGCAGUCACAGUCUGGAGGCGCUGAAGACAAGGCGGGGCCUCGUGUGCGAGCAGGAGCAGCUGGCCUCCGACCUCGACAGAGCUCUCUCUCUGUCCCAGCUGGGCUCCCUCGGCGGCGCAUCUCGCAAACUGACAUCCAACACAAAAUCUGAGAAGCUGAAGAGCAAGUCUGCGGGAGGCGCAUUAAAGGAGCGUUUCCACUCCACGGGUGUACCAGGAAAACUCAAGGCAGCCACUAAAGCUUCAGAGACGGUCCGGAGGUUAAAAGGUCAGAAGAAGAUGUCUGUUUUCUCUCCUGUGAGAUCAGAGUUCAGCAGCUGCUCCAACAACUCGGAUUCAGAGGAGCUCGGCUCGGCUCGGGGAGGCUGGCCUCCUCUUUCAGGGACUCUCCCCCACGGCAGCCUGACCAGGAAGAGGCGAUCCGUGUCGCCGCUGACGUCGCUGCUGUCCAGCCGGAAGUCUGAGAAGAAGAAACACAAGCACUUGUCGCUGCUGCUGGAGGAGGCGGGCCUCAGCUCUUCUGAUGAUUCCUUCGACCAAGAAACCUCAGACGAUGAGGAAGAAGAUGAGGAUUUGGAUGGUGGCUGUGAGGAGAGUGGGCUGGGCCUGCUCGCCAGGUUUGCGGCAAGUGCACUCCCUGUCAGCUCUGCCCCUGUGAGCCUCCUCCCCGAGGGAAAACACUGCAGCAGGCAAAGCACUCUGGGGUCAUCAGAAUGUGAAUGGUCAGAUUCUGGAUCAGAUCUGCGGCUCCGGAAGUUUCCAUCUCUCCUACACGGGAAGCGUUCGGCCCCCGAGCUCCCCCUCCUGCCCCCAGCCACCCGCCGCGCCGACCAGACCAGCCCCACCAAACGAGACGAAGCCUUGUCAAUCAAACGAAAGCCUCUGCUGAAGCCACGCCCUCCUCCUCAGUCGCCGCAGAGUUUCAGCUUUGACCUCUCCAGCUAUGGUCUGGGUGACGACGCCGGCUGGAACCGCCGCCGCAGCGAGAGGAUAUUCCUCCAUGACGCCACCACCUCCGCCAGUCAAAGCUGCCCAGCUCCACCUCUCACACCAAAGCCCGCCUCCAGACUGAAGUCCACUACGCCCAGCCGAGAGGGGAAGGAGUCAGGAAAAAAAAAGAAGUCAAAGGACUCACCGUUACCCGUCAGCCCAUCCAGCCUGUGCAGUCCAGUCAGCGACACUCCUCUGAGUCCAGCACGCAAAAGCCAAGCCAAGGCUAAGCGCAAAGCCCGGGAGCCCUCCAGGGGCGCCGUGAGCCGGCUCAUGGAGAGCAUGGCAGCGGAUGAAGACUUCGAGCCGAACCAGGACAGCAGCUUCAGUGAAGACGAGCUCCUCCCUCUGAGAAACAGCACUUCAUCAGAAGCAUCUUCCCCCCCCGCUGCAGCGAAGUGUGUUUUGGACAAAGACUCGCUCGUGGAUGGACUGCGAGUGUUGAUACCGAUGGACGACCAGCUCCUCUAUGCGGGACACGUGAACACCGUGCACUCCCCUGACAUAUAUAGCGUGGUGGUGGAGGGCGAGAGGGGAAACCGACCACACAUCUACUGCCUGGAGCAGCUGCUGCAGGAGGCUAUCAUCGACGUGAAGCCUCCGUCUGUGCGCUACCUCCCAGAAGGCACCCGCAUCGCUGCUUACUGGAGCCAGCAGUACCGCUGCCUUUACCCUGGAACUGUAGUGAACGGAAGUGCAGACAUGGACGAGAAUGAUGACUUGAUCACCGUGGAGUUUGAUGACGGCGACACCGGCCGCAUCCCCCUCUCCCACAUCCGACUGUUACCACCAGACUACAAGAUCCACUGCGCCGAGCCGUCGCCUGCGCUGCUUGUGGCGAGCUCCUCCAGACGGAGGGUCCGGAAAUGCAGCAAAGAAGGCAAAGAGGCAGGAACCAAGGCGGAAGAGAGCGCUGCACGGAUCAAAGGAAAACCAGGACGCAAACCUAAAAACAAAGCAGAUCUAGACGAUGAUGACAAGGCUGAUUCUCCACCUUCUUCUGCUGCGCCUGCUGAGAAGGCUCAAUCCACAGCUAAAAGUGUUCAGGACAGGAGUUCCUCUGCCCAGAAAGGUGGUCAGGAGAAGCCCCGCCCUGCCUCCCGCCCCACCAUGGGGAGUCAGGCCAAAGUGGGGGGUAAGAGCGUCUCCAGUUCACCCACAAGCAGCCCCACACUUUCUAACCCGGCACAGAGAAAGAGCGGCUUGGGACAGUCUGCUCUUCCUAAACCAGGGCGCAGCCUCCCGCCGUCUCUCUACCCCUCCACCUACGGGAAGGUUCUGACGGUGGACCUGUACAGCGAGCCCAACCUCAACUCCUACAACAGCCAGCGCAGAGAGCGAGACGGCGCUGCCGGCAGCCCCACCGCCAGCAGGCCCAGCAUGACCCCCGCACCCAAAUCCACAUCCACCUCCACAGCCAGAUCCUCUUCUGUGUCCAAAACCAAACCCUCCUCAGACCUUCACAGCGGCUCCAGACUGGGACAGGGCUCUGGGCUGCUCUCCAAAUCCAUCUCCAGGCUGUCAGCAGAAUCCAGUUCCUCCCUGACCCACAGACCGUCCUCACUGUCCCCGACUUCUGCUCCCAAACCUAAACUGAAGAUUCCAUCAGACCAGAUGCCCGCCAGAAACAUCCCCAGACCCAAACCCGGAUCCGACCUGAGCUCCGUGAGGAGGAAGUCACUGCCUGCCGAGCCUCUGGUGAAGCUUGACCACGAAGGCGUCACGUCCCCAAAGACCAAGAAGACCAAAGCUCUGAUGCUGCUGGAAGGUCGAGAUGUCAGGCGAGACCACGCCCCAAUCGCCACAGUGACAAGUCCGAAGUUCCUGAAGGCGAAAAUGACACCUCCAGACAGGGAGAACAGCCUCCCUGAGAAGGAGUCCACCUACAAACCACCAGGGGUUGCUAAGGACAAGGCAGAGAGCCGAGGCUGUAGAGGACAGGAGCUGGGAGGGAGGGAGAGGAAAGCUAAGAAAGAGGAGAAGAAGGAGGGAAAGAGUGAGGAGAGGAAGAGGAAGGAGGAAUCUCACAGCAGCAGCAGCUCGGAGUCUGAGGAGGAAGGAGAGAAGGAGAAAACAAACAAGAAGAAAUGUACGUCAAGCUGCUCCUCAUCCUGCUCCGGCUCCUCCUCCUCUUCUUCCUCCUCGUCUUCUUCUUCAUCUUCUUCAUCCACGGAUGACUCCUCCUGCAGUUCAGAUGAAGAGAGGACUCCUACCCCCCGACCAGGCCCCGUCCAGAGGCCUCCGGCACCGGACAAGCUCAAAGAAGAGACACAAGAGGAGGUGGAGGAGGUGAAAAAGGAUCUUGAGGUAAAAGUGGAGGAGGAGGAAGAGGAAGAGGAGGAGGAAUUGUCUCCAUCGUCUGUAACGUCUCCAGCUCCUGCAUCUCCUGCUAAACCCGCCAAACCAGCCACCGGGAAGGGCUCCGGACAGAGGGGCCGCCCCCCCAAACCGAAGCCUGGCGGAGGAGACGGGAAGGCAGGGAGACCCAAGCGCAGAGAGGGGGUGCACCUCCCCACGACCAAGGAGCUGGCCAAGCGGCAGCGGCUCCCCAGCGUGGAGAACAGGCCCAAAAUCUCUGCGUUCCUUCCAGCCAGGCAGCUCUGGAAAUGGUUUGGAAAACCCACUCAGCGGCGCGGCAUGAAGGGCAAGGCCAAGAAGCUCUUCUACAAGGCCAUCGUACGAGGCCGCGAGAUGAUCCGCAUCGGCGACUGCGCCGUGUUCCUGUCUGCCGGGCGGCCCAACCUUCCCUUCAUCGGCCGCAUCCAGAGCAUGUGGGAGUCGUGGGGCAGCAACAUGGUGGUGAGGGUCAACUGGUUCUACCAUCCGGAGGAGACCAACCCCGGCAAGAAACUCACUGACAAAAAGAACUGGGAUCACAUCUGCAGCCAGUCACUACCAGCAGCUCUGCACUCCUCCAUCCACAGGAAGCACUUCAUGGAGCGCGCCCUGUACCAGUCGUCCCACAGCGACGAAAACGAUGUGCAGACCAUCAGUCACAAAUGUCUGGUGGCGAGCGUGGAGGAGUACGAGCAGAUGAGCCACACACGUCGCUACGCCGACAGCGAGGACCUUUACUACCUGGCCGGCACCUACGAACCCACGACGGGCAUGAUCUUCAACACAGACGGAGUUCCGGUCAUCUGCUGAACAAAGAAAGCAAACUCUACGAGCUGCUGAAACCAAACGCAGACGAAGCCGAGCCGCGCUCGAGUCAGCGGCUCGGAUUCCUGUCAGACACUGGAGACACUACAGACGGUAUUAUGAGGAACGCGUCUCCUAAAACAUUUGCACACUUUCAGCGGCGCUUGUUCACGUGAACACGUGCAAGCGCUUCGGAUUGACCUGUAAAUACAGCUGCACACACCAGACUCCGUGUAAAUACACCUGUAACGCAGUAAUCUAUAGAGAAAGUGUUUUAUUUUAAUGUUGUAGAUCCAUGUCCUUUAUGUUUAUUUUGUAAACAGUCAAGAAGCUUUAACGAACUGUGAAUGAGGAGCUGGGGAGGGGCGUGUCUGCCCCGCCCCGCCCUGGCCGGACAGACGGACACUCCAGCGGUGUGAUGUUGUGAUGUUACCGUGGUGAUGUUACAGUUGUGUAAACGUUUAGAACAGCAGGAGCAACAGACGCAGGGAAAGAGACGCACAGAGAGAAGACUAUCCAACAGAAAGCACUUAAAAAGAGACAACACUUGGAAAAUAUCUUCCUCUAAUUUAACCCCACCCCCCUUUUGACAAUCCCGACUCGGGCCAGUGGUCCCGAUGACUUCCUCAGAGACUCAGGCUAAAGAGAGGAAGUGUUAUGUGCUGUCCAAACCAUGUCUCAUUUUCAGGUUUGAUUUCUUUCCUCAAAAGAAAAAAAAAAUCCACCCUGAAGACACUAUAAACGCAAGAAAAGCUGCUUUUGGCGCUGCCUUUGCGCUCGCGUCAUACUUUUUUUUUUUUUCUCCACUUGCACAAAAUGUUUUGGAAAGGCUUUCUGGGAAACACAAUCAUUGAUCAUUUUGUCGUUUCAUGCAUGGUUGAACAACCCUAAAGGGUGGAUUUUUUUUCCCCUUGUCUUUUGUGUGUAAACAUUGCAGUGAUCCACUCAUCCUCCUGUUCUAUUCUUUUUGUUUGCAGCUCUGAAUGUCUCUUUUUUUUCAGUCGUUUGAAUUCGGCUGCUUUAUCUCUGCGUUUACGUGAGUGCACUUUGAAAGAAGCCCCUCCCCCCUCAGAGGAGGCUCCACCCCUGGGCGUCUCCCACCUUGUUGUUUUCUGAAACACACCUCCCUUCUGACACGCGGCCCUCUUAUAGCUGCUGGUGAGGUUUUCCACGUGCCUGAACUCUUGUUUCGGGUGAGACAGUUGAAUGUGGCGCUCAGGGUUGUGAGCGUUUUGGGGCGGCCUUGCCCCCCUCCCCCCAUUGGGCCUUAUCAUGAGUAGUUGCCAAAUCUUUGCCCCUGUUCUCCAAUCAUUUGCUCUUGGCCACGCCGGUCAGAGGCGUCGGCGUUUUGCAGCUUGUGGUACGUUUUCUGUAUGUGACUGUUAACCUCCUCUUUGCUUUGCUCUGCAGAGGUUAAGAUUGUCUUGUUGAUAUUCAAUAGUUUUACUCUCGGAUCUUUUGGUUUUUGUCAGAUUUGAUACGUCUGGUUUUUAUCGCGCUGAGAAAAAGGCGAUGUGGUUUUUAAGUCUGCUCAUUUCCAACACAGCCCCAUAAGGAAAGUUAAGGACGGCCUUUUAAUCUGUUGGCUUUUAAGGUGAUAUGACCAGGUACAGAGGGAUUCUACAUCUAUAUAUAAACUAAAGCCCUGUAUUUUUCCUAAAAUGCUGCUUUUACGCCGGUCUAGUGUCAGAUAUUUUCUCUCAGUUCGGUAUCUGAGCUGCAUGGACACCCAGGAUGCACCAGUGUUUGCAGACUGAACAAGUUAAAGUGCCCGUUAUGAAUGUUUGUUUACCCCUGGAGCUGCUAUAGCACUUUUCCAUGUGUAGGUGUGUGUGUGUGUGUGUGCGCGCAGGUAAGACCGAUAGAUCGCAGCCUUAUCUUCUGAUGCCACACACACACACCUACACAUGCUUGUAAACCUUAAAGGCACGCUUUGCUGCCUUCCACAUCUCUGUUUGGCCCUUAUCUCCGUUCCAUAGCCGCUCUCCGGCCUUCAAACCGCCUUCCUUUCACUUUCAGUGUCAUUCUUGUUUGUUUUGUUUUUUUUCCUAAUUUUUUUGGAGAGCCUUCUAUUGUCAAUCAUCGUGUUUCUGGCUUUUUCAAAUGCUUUGUUAUUUUAUCCCCUCUUCAUCCAAUCAUGGACAUCCCUCUAGCAAUACGGUUGAUGGGCACCACUGGGAGCUAGCUGCUACAGAGAGGGAAUGAGAACAGAUAGAGGUGGACUGGAGGCUGGUUCUUCGUCUGCUGUUCCUUCAGUAUCCUUAUAGUCCUGUUACAGAGGGAAGAAAAUUAUUUUAAAAAUAAAUAUAAAAAAUCGUCUACGUUUUGUAAAGGAACCUUCUCUAUGGAGGGAAAAACAGCUAUCAGAUUAUACUUUGUACACAUGUCUAAUCUUGUAAAAAAAAUGCUAAGAUACAUUUUAGAGAGAAAUCUGAAACUAGAUAUAUUCUGACACCCUAUACUGUAUGUGCAAGGAACGUUUCUGUUGGUGUUUUUGUUUUUUUACAGACCGCAACCAGGUUUAUCAGUGUUUCUCUGAACUUGUUUUAGUAAGUCAAUAUUUUAUAGUUAAUCAAUAAACAGAUGAACUGUAUCCACUGUCA